AUUCCGGCCGGAAUUGCACAGGAAAUAUCCGAUCAGUUCCUGGCCGUUUCCAGCUCGAAGUUUGCAGGAAACGGUCGGGAAAUGACUGGAACCUACGUUUGAACUUCCAGCCAGAAUCUGGCGGCAAGGAAAUGGCCGGAAAACAAACUUAACCGGCCGGAACCGACCGUGCCAUAAUAACCUGGGAAGUCAUCAUUGGAUUCUCAAUUUUAAGAAACGUAACAAUAUUUCUUCCAGAAAGGUGACAAAAUUCAUUUCUCAUAGGGAAGCUAGUGAUAAAUCUAUAAUUGAAAAUUCUGCUGAUGAUUUUGUUACCGAAGCGACCAAACAUAUACCAAAAUAUAAACUCGAAUGUGUGCUAAAUGCAGAUCAGUCCAGUUUUCAUUACGAAAUGGCUUCGAAUCGCACGUUAUCUCAUGUAGGAGAAAAAACGACUUAUGUUUCAGUCAAAUCUUUGAAUGCGACAACACACUCAUAUACAGUGAUGCCUAUCAUCAGUGCUGCUAGUCAACUCCUCAGUCCUCUUUUUAUUUGUCUUCAAGAACCUACAGGUCGAUUUCCAACCACGAAAAAGAUCUUUUCAGCACCAAAUAUAGUAACAAGUUGCAGUAAAUCUGGGAAAUUAAGUGCAUCUUUGAUAGAAUAUUGGAUUAAAGAGGUUUUAGAUAAAGUCGUCAGCAAUCGAUUUCUUCUUAUGGUCGAUCAAUGGUCACCACAGGCUAACAUUACUGUAUAUGACAACAACCUGACAAAAGGUCAGUCGUGUAAAUUAUUAGUAAUACCAAGAAAAACGACAUCAACUAAACAGCCGUGUGAUACUUAUUUUUUCCGGCAAUGGAAAGAGUUAACGAAGAGAAUAUAUCAUCGUGUAUCAUUAGAUGAAUUAGAUGUUGAUUUAAGAAAUCGUGAUGCUAUCAUUAAAUUACAAAGUCUGGUUCAUAAUCAAUUGAGUUCUUCCGUGUUCAAACCAAUGAUUUCAUAUGCGUGGUCAACUUGCGGUUACAUUCCAAAACAAUAUUUAAAUUUCUCCAAUGUUAUAGAAAUUUGUUUUCGGCAAAACCAGCCAGGAUGA